CGGUACUUCGGCAACUUUGGAAACCUGUACAAUGCCGCUGCCAUCAUGGGAAACCCCAUGGUUGCUGCUCACGGUAAAGUCGUGCUGCAUGGCCUGGACAGAGCCGUGAAGAACAUGGACAACAUCAAAGCCGCUUAUGCUGAACUGAGUGUGCUGCACUCCGAGAAGCUCCACGUAGAUCCUGACAACUUCAGGCUUUUGGGUGACUGCCUGACCGUCGUUGUUGCUGCACAACUGGGCGCUGCAUUCACCCCUGAGGUCCAGGCCGCUUUUCAGAAGUUCCUCGCCGUCGUGAUCUCCUCCCUUCAAAGACAGUACCAAUAGAAACA